AUGGAGGAGGAUAAGAAGAAGGGCUACGACAUGCGUGCAGAUGCCAUUCCUAUCAAGUCUGCUAAAGCCUCCAGGGACAUUGCAAGUGAUUACAGGUACAAAGAAGGCUAUCGCAAGCAGCUUGGCCACCACAUUGGGGCCCGGAACAUAGAGGAUGAUCCAAAGAUGACGUGGUCGAUGCACGUGGCCAAGAUCCAGAGUGACAGGGAGUACAAGAAAGCCUUUGAGAAGUCCAAGACGCACUUCAGUAGCCCAGUGGACAUGCUGGGAAUCGUGCUGGCCAAGAAAUGUCAGGAGCUGGUCAGUGAUGCUGAUUACAGGCACCCCCUGCAUCGGUGGACCUGUCUGCCAGACCAGAACGAUGUUGUACAAGCCAGGAAAGUGUACGACCUUCAGAGUGAUAACGUGUACAAGUCGGACCUCCUGUGGCUGAGGGGCAUUGGCUGGUCCCCAAGUGGUUCCCUGGACGAUGAGAAGAACAAGAGGGCCAGCCUCAUCCUGAGUGACAAGAAGUAUCGGCAGCACCCAGACACCAUCAAAUUCACCAGCCUUCCUGACUCCAUGCCUAUGGUUCUGGCAAAGCACAACUCUGAAAUCAUGAACCAGCGCUCAUACAUAGCAGCCUGGGAGAAAGAUAAAACCAACAUUCACAUCAUGCCAGAUACACCUGGUAUUUUGCUGGCCCAGCAGAACAAAGUGAACUACAGUGAGAAAAUGUACAGACUUGCGAUGGAGGAAGAUAAGAAGAAGGGCUACGACAUGCGUGCAGAUGCCAUUCCUAUCAAGUCUGCUAAAGCUUCCAGGGACAUUGCAAGUGAUUACAGGUACAAAGAAGGCUAUCGCAAGCAGCUUGGCCACCACAUCGGGGCCCGAAACAUAGAGGAUGAUCCAAAGAUGAUGUGGUCGAUGCACGUGGCCAAGAUCCAGAGUGACAGGGAGUACAAGAAAGCCUUUGAGAAGUCCAAGACGCACUUCAGUAGCCCAGUGGACAUGCUGGAAAUUGUGUUGGCUAAGAAGUGUCAGGAGCUGGUCAGUGAUGUUGAUUACAAGCACCCCCUGCAUCGGUGGACCUGUCUGCCAGACCAGAACGAUGUUGUACAAGCCAGGAAAGUGUACGACCUUCAGAGUGAUAACGUGUACAAGUCGGACCUCCUGUGGCUGAGGGGCAUUGGCUGGUCCCCAAGUGGUUCCCUGGACGAUGAGAAGAACAAGAGGGGGACGAGAAGAAAAAAAAGAGGCAGCCUCAUCCUGAGUGACAAGAAGUAUCGGCAGCACCCAGACACCAUCAAAUUCACCAGCCUUCCUGACUCCAUGCCUAUGGUUCUGGCAAAGCACAACUCUGAAAUCAUGAACCAGCGCUCAUACAUAGCAGCCUGGGAGAAAGAUAAAACCAGCAUUCACAUCAUGCCAGAUACACCUGGUAUUUUGCUGGCCCAGCAGAACAAAGUGAACUACAGUGAGAAAAUGUACAGACUUGCGAUGGAGGAGGAUAAGAAGAAGGGCUACGACAUGCGUGCAGAUGCCAUUCCUAUCAAGUCUGCUAAAGCUUCCAGGGACAUUGCAAGUGAUUACAGGUACAAAGAAGGCUAUCGCAAGCAGCUUGGCCACCACAUCGGGGCCCGGAACAUAGAGGAUGAUCCAAAGAUGAUGUGGUCGAUGCACGUGGCCAAGAUCCAGAGUGACAGGGAGUACAAGAAAGCCUUUGAGAAGUCCAAGACGCACUUCAGUAGCCCAGUGGACAUGCUGGAAAUCGUGUUGGCUAAGAAGUGUCAGGAGCUGGUCAGUGAUGUUGAUUACAAGCACCCCCUGCAUCGGUGGACCUGUCUGCCAGACCAGAACGAUGUUGUACAAGCCAGGAAAGUGUACGACCUUCAGAGUGAUAACGUGUACAAGUCGGACCUCCUGUGGCGGAGGGGCAUUGGCUGGUCCCCAAGUGGUUCCCUGGACGAUGAGAAGAACAGGAGGGCCAGCCUCAUCCUGAGUGACAAGAAGUAUCGGCAGCACCCAGACACCAUCAAAUUCACCAGCCUUCCUGACUCCAUGCCUAUGGUUCUGGCAAAGCACAACUCUGAAAUCAUGAACCAGCGUUCAUACAUAGCAGCCUGGGAGAAAGAUAAAACCAACAUUCAUAUCAUGCCAGAUACACCUGGUAUUUUGCUGGCCCAGCAGAACAAAGUGAACUACAGUGAGAAAAUGUACAGACUUGCGAUGGAGGAAGAUAAGAAGAAGGGCUACGACAUGCGUGCAGAUGCCAUUCCUAUCAAGUCUGCUAAAGCCUCCAGGGACAUUGCAAGUGAUUACAGGUACAAAGAAGGCUAUCGGAAGCAGCUUGGCCACCACAUUGGGGCCAGAAACAUAGAGGAUGAUCCAAAGAUGAUGUGGUCGAUGCACGUGGCCAAGAUCCAGAGUGACAGGGAGUACAAGAAAGCCUUUGAGAAGACCAAGACGCACUUCAGUAGCCCAGUGGACAUGCUGGGAAUCGUGCUGGCCAAGAAGUGUCAAGGGUUGGUCAGUGACGUUGAUUACAAGCACUUUCUGCAUGAAUGGACUUGCCUGCCAGACCAGAAUGAUGUUAUCCAUGCUAAGAAGGCCUAUGACCUGCAGAGUGAUAACUGCUACAAGUCUGACCUUGAAUGGUUGCGGGGCAUUGGUUGGGUCCCAAUUGGUUCCUUGGAGGUUGAAAAAGCCAAGAAGGCAGGGGAGAUCUUGAGUGAUAAAAUAUACCGUCAGCCUCCAGACACUAUCAAGUUUACCAGUGUGACAGAUUCUCUAGAGAUGGUCUUGGCCAAGCACAAUGCAGAGACGAUGAAUAAGCGUCUGUACACUGAGGCCUGGGAUAAAGACAAGACACAAAUCCACAUAAUGCCUGACACACCUGAAAUCACGCUGUCGAGACAGAACAUGCAGAACUACAGCAUGAAACUCUACAAACAGGCCAUGGAAGAAGACAAAAAGAAAGGCUACGAUUUGAGAGGUGAUGCUAUCCCCAUUCAAGCUGCCAAGGCGUCCAGGCAAAUUGCCAGUGAUUACAAGUACAAAGAAGGCUAUCGCAAGCAGCUUGGCCACCACAUCGGGGCCAGGAACAUAGAGGAUGAUCCAAAGAUGAUGUGGUCGAUGCAUGUGGCCAAGAUCCAGAGUGACAGGGAGUACAAGAAAGCCUUUGAGAAGACCAAGACGCACUUCAGUAGCCCAGUGGACAUGCUGGGAAUCGUGCUGGCCAAGAAAUGUCAAGGGUUGGUCAGUGACGUUGAUUACCGCCAUUAUCUGCACCAGUGGAUCUGUCUGCCGGACCAGAACGAUGUUAUCCAUGCUAAGAAGGCCUAUGACCUACAGAGUGAUAAUUACUACAAGUCUGACCUUGAAUGGUUACGAGGCGUUGGUUGGGUCCCAAUUGGUUCCUUGGAAGUCGAAAAAGCCAAGAAGGCAGGGGAGAUCUUGAGUGAUAAAAUAUACCGUCAGCCUCCGGACACUAUCAAGUUUACCAGCGUGACAGAUUCUCUAGAGAUGGUCUUGGCCAAGCACAAUGCAGAGACAAUGAAUAAGCGGUUAUACACCGAAGCAUGGAAUAAGGAUAAGACCACGAUUCAUGUCAUGCCUGACACACCAGAAAUCCUGCUAGCUAAACAAAACCAAGUCAACUACAGUCAGAAAAUGUACAAACUGGCUUUGGAGGAUGCAAAGAAGAAGGGUCAUGAUUUGCGUUUUGAUGCCAUUCCUAUUCAAGCUGCCAGAGCAUCCAGAGAGAUUGCCAGCGAUUACAAGUACAAAGAAGGCUAUCGCAAGCAGCUUGGCCACCACAUCGGGGCCAGGAACAUAGAGGAUGAUCCAAAGAUGAUGUGGUCGAUGCAUGUGGCCAAGAUCCAGAGUGACAGGGAGUACAAGAAAGCCUUUGAGAAGACCAAGACGCACUUCAGUAGCCCAGUGGACAUGCUGGGAAUCGUGCUGGCCAAGAAGUGUCAAGGGUUGGUCAGUGACGUUGAUUACCGCCAUUAUCUGCACCAGUGGAUCUGCCUGCCAGACCAGAACGAUGUUAUCCAUGCUAAGAAGGCCUAUGACCUACAGAGUGAUGCUGUUUACAAAUCAGACCUGGAAUGGCUGAGAGGUGUUGGAUGGGUUCCUAUUGGCUCCAUGGAAGUUGAGAAAGCUAAGAGAGCUGGAGAAAUCCUGAGCGAAAGGAAGUAUCGUCAGCCAGCAGACCAAAUUAAAUUCACUAGCGUGACAGAUUCUUUGCCCAUGGUCUUAGCCAAGCACAAUGCUGAGAUAAUGAACAAGCGUUUGUACACGGAAGCCUGGGAUGCAGACAAGACGUCAAUUCACGUCAUGCCUGAUACACCGACAAUUUUGUUAGCGAAGGCCAAUGCAGCUAAUGCCAGCCACAAACUUUAUAUACAAGCCUGGGAAGAGGCCAAAAAGAAGGGUUACGACAUGAGAGCUGAUGCAAUUCCAAUCCGAAGUGCAAAGGCAUCAAGAGAUAUCGCGAGUGAUUACAAGUACAAGGAAACCCACGAGAAGGAGAAAGGCCACUACAUUGGGUGCCGAUCUGCCAAGGAGGAUCCCAAGCUGUCGUGGGCUGCGCGUGCCAUGGCGCUGCAGAACGACCGCCUUUACAGGAAGGCGUACCACGACUCCAAGGCCCAGAUCCACAUUCCAGUGGACGCCAUGUCGGUGCAGCCAGCCAAGGAGUGCCAGACGCUGGUCAGUGAUGUUGACUACCGGCAGUACCUUCACCAGUGGACCUGUCUGCCUGACCAGAACGACGUGAUCCAUGCCAGGAAGGCCUACGACCUGCAGAGCGAUAACGUGUACAAGUCAGACCUGGAAUGGUUGCGAGGCAUCGGCUGGGUGACAGAAGGUUCUGUGGAUGCAGUCAAAGCAAAGAAAGCCCAGGAGCUCCUGAAUGAGCGGUUGUACCGCACACGGCCGGAUGAGAUGAAAUUCACCAGUGUUACUGACGCACCAGACGUUGUCCAGGCUAAGAUCAAUGCCUUGCAGAUCAGUGAC